GGCUGACAUAAAAGGAGGCAGGUAGAGAAGCGUUGCUCACAUUUCUGCCUCCAGAACACACACUGUGUUAACUUGCUUGCCAAGAGCUGCUUUCAGAAAUCCCCUCUCAAUGGCCAGUUACAGCUUCAGGCAAUCCGUCUCUGGCGGGGGCUAUGGCGGGUCUUCCUUCAGAGCUCCAAGCAUCCAUGGUGGAUCUGGUGGCCAGGGCAUUUCCAUGUCUUCCGCUAGGUUUGUCUCCUCUGGGGCUGGAGGAGGCCUAGGGCUUGGCUAUGGCGGAGGAGCUGGGGCUUGCUAUGGUGGUGGCCUUGGCGGUGGCCUUGGUGGGGGCUAUGGUGGGGGAUUUGGUGGGGGCUUUGGGGGAGGUGUUGGAGGUGGCUUUGGCGGCAGCAACGACGGCCUCCUUUCUGGAAAUGAGAAGGUCACUAUGCAGAACCUGAACGACCGCCUGGCCAACUACCUGGACAAGGUGCGUGCUCUGGAGGAAGCCAACACAGAGCUGGAGGUGAAGAUCCGAGAGUGGCACCAGAAGCAGUCUCCCACCAGCCCAUCCAGGGACUACAGCCACUACUAUAAGACCAUCGAAGAUCUCAGAGACAAGGUAGGACUUCACAUUUGUAAGCUGCAUGGUGGGAGGGGGCGUGGAGUGCUCAGCACGCACCAAGGGCCUAGCUGUGAAAACGGCAGAGGUGGAGAACUACACCCACCCACGCAAAUAGCUGAGCUGGGUAGGUCUGGUUAGGAAGUCCCAACCUCUCGGCAUUUCCAUCUGUAAAGUGGGUGCAAUAGCAACCGAGCUUGAAUGGCUGUGCAUGUUUGGUAAGAGCUUGCACAAUGAAAAGGCUGCAUUCAGAUGCUUGCCCUUCAGUUUUGCCCUACUGAGGAUGAGCAUCACAGUAGCCUCCCUUACUAGGUGAACAGCUCAGGGCUUGUGCAGUAUCUUCACAAUUGGGUGAAUGAGACAAGAAUCAAAGCCAGGCUUUAAAUACUGCAGCUGCACCUGUCUCAACCAGGAAGUGAUACAGUGGAUUAAUUCCACAUGCUGUUCAUUAGCAAUAAUUUCCAUUUAGCCCCCUUUCCUCUGCGGAGAAUACAUGUGCUGGUUGCCCCUGCAGUGGUUAGCCCUGCAAAGGUCUUUUCUUUUUGCCACAAAGCCCUUAUUGGAAAGAUGUGGCUGCAAGAUGUUGCAUUUGCAAACAGCUUUGUUCUGUGCAUUGCUGCGAAUUCAGUCAUUUUACCCAUUCUGGUGUAUUCAUAGCGCCAGAAUGCAAUGCAAUCCAUCUCUUUAUCUGUCUGAUUGCAAUGGAAACUGUUUGAAUACAGCCAGUUUCCUUAUCUGUUUUGUUUCCUGGCUCCAAGACUGCAGCAAACAAUGCCUGGCUUCAGUUAAUAAUGCCUUCUGGCAUUAUCGGAGUUUGGUCAUGCUGGGCUACCUUUUCUAGGACUGCAGCUAUGUGAAACACUUGCUGGCACUGCCCUCAGUUCAGCAGUAUUCUGAUCCUUGAUAGCUCUUAAUGGAACUUGGCUGAGCAACCACCAAAUAUCAAAUUCUAGAAGCCAAUGUUCACAAUCAAUCUUAGAACUGAAUGGGAAUUUAUUUUCAGGGUUUGCAAGAGUGGACCAGGGACACUAUAUGUGAUGCAUGUCAUAAAACAAGAUUUAGACUGCAACCCUCUACACACUUACUAGGGAGCAAGUCUUGGUGAACGGAAUUUACAUCUGAAGAAACAUGCAUAGACUUGCCCUGUUAGUUGCUUAGUCCGAAUGUACAUUUGGAAGUGUGGCAUUUGCCUGGAUUUAUGCUCCUAAGACUCUGUCUCUCCUUCAUUCCCACAUGAGGUUGGGCAUUAUCCCUUCCCAUGCCAUCAGGUCAGGAAUGGAGACUGAGAGGUAUUUUCACCACAUCCUGAGUCUGCUCUCACAUGAUAUAAUGGGUUGGGUGAGCCAGAACCAGUUAUAGAUACAUACCGUCAGCUGCAAUUCUUGUGGUAGAGCAUUGCUUUUCUAGCAGUCGUGGUGGGUGGAAAACUCAUGGUCCUCCACGUGUUUUGGUCACCUGUGACCAUCAGCCAUGCUGGCUUGGAAUGAUGGGAGUUGUAGUCCAACAAUAUCAGGAGGGUGUCAGGUUCUUCAUCCUAGCAGUAAAUGCAGGCUUCCUUAAACUCAGCCCUCCAGAUAUUUUUUGGCCUACAAUUCCCAUGAUCCCUAGCUAGCAGGACCAGUGGUCAGGCAUGAUGGGAACUGUAGUCUCAAAACAUCUGAAGGGCCGAGUUUGAGGAAGCCUGAGUAAUUGCUUUUUUACCACAUCCAUCUCACACAUGGCCUAUGAGAGAUAAAUACUUUUCUAGUUCUGAACCUCUCUUGCAACUGGAAAGUUCUUCCUAAUAUUGAAGCCUUUGUCUCCGUGAAGCUUAAACCCUGUGCUCUCCCUGGUGGAUAGAGUGAAAGAGUGUCCUCCCCACUCCUGCUUCUGAUUCUUUCACUCAUCCCUUCAUGCAUCACCAUCCUGACUUACCAAGAGGUUUCACACAGACCUGAACUGGUUCCUCAGCAGAGGCCUCUUGGUUCUGAAGUCAACCUUGUUACCGCAGGACUGCUGUGGCUUUGUUCGAGAACCUGUGGUUGAACCUGCUGUUAUUUCAAAAAGGGGGGAAAACAGACAAGAAAACUGUGGAUGUUGGCUAAGCUAUGUGCACCGUAAUCUUCUCUCUUUAUGUACAAGACAAGGUUUAUUUUGCUCUAGCAGAGUCAUCGGCACACAAUGGGAGUUUGUUUAUGAAUGAAGCACACACGCCCUCAAGGCACACACGGAGAAACACAAAAGCAAACAGUUAUUGUAAGGAAAUCUGCACCAGCCUUGAGAGUUCAUGACCAUCGCCUCCCAAGGAGGCUUGUCACUUUUCAUUUUUACCCUUCAGGUCCCUGAGCAGGGCCUGAAAUAAACUAGAGCCAGCAAGGAACUUAGCACUUCAUUUAUACAACUGGGUCAAAGCCAGCAGGCUAUGGGCAGAGCUUAGGGUAGAUUCUGGUGGAAUGUGGGUGAGGAAUGAGUAAAGAUGUCAAUCCAUUGACAGUUUACAGAUGUCACUGUGAAUUAUUCAGCCUAUGAGCUUGGGAUCUGUCACAACAUAAUCUAAGGAUGGAAAACAAUGCUGGGCCAGUCACAGAUCUGGUGGAGCUGGUAUUAUUCUACAAGAGGGAUGAGGAACCUAUGGUCCUCCAGAUGUUGUUGACGACAGCUCCCAGCAUCCCUGACCACAGGCCAUUCUGGCUGGGAUGGAUGGGUCUGAUCACAUCUGGAAGGCCACAGGAGUCACAUGCCUGUUCCAAGUGGUCACGUAGGCUGAGUCAUGUCAUUAUGUUAUGGAAAAAUCAGUAUAACGUGAUGCUAUGGACCUGGGUGAACAAGUGAAUCCAGGGCUGACCUAAGACAUUUUUUUGCCUGGUGCAAAAGGGAAGAUGGUACCUGCCACAUUCCACUUGCAAAAGCCAACCAAAUUAGUGUUUCUGUAUCGUGCUUGGAUGCUGGCAACAGGACAGGAUGUGCCCCACAGUGGAAGCUGGUUCAUAUAGGCAAAUGGGGAGCUGCCCCUCCAACCUCAGUCUGCCCUCAACUAGCUCUCACUUGCCUGCCUUCUUACAACAAUCAGGGAGUGGCUCUGUCUGUCAUUGGCUCUGGCUGCACCUACUGUUGAUGUCCCAGCCUUCUCCAAUACAAGCCCCAAUGGGUGCCAGCCACCACUGGAGGCACAUAAAGCUCAGUUCAUUCCCUGUUCCUCAGCAUUAGGCCUCUGACAUAGCUGCAUCACUUUGUCUCAUGGUAGGGCCGGCCCUAAGUGUUCCAGCUUUUUUCAGGAUGUAAUAACAGACUCACCAGCCCUACUGAAGAGGCUCCUCAUGAGGCCGGAGGAACAUCGCCCGGCUAAAGUUUUAUUGAUUAUUGAUUUUAAUAUGCUGUAAACUGCUUUGAGAUUUUUAAUAAUAAUAAUAAUAAUAAUAAUAAUAAUAAUAAUAACGAGCAAUGAUGAUGCACAUUCAGAAGACUAUUUCCCCUCCACAAUGUGCUGAGCCACACCUUUCACACAUCAUUGCAAGCAAAUCAAUCAAUGUGUGUCGAUGGCCACCAAACAUAUUUUUUUAAAAAAGAGAAAACUUACAACACAUAUGAAAGCAAAUAACCCAACACGGGUCGCCUCUUUUCUUGCAGAUCCUUGAAGCGACAAUUGACAACAACAAGGUUAUCCUGCAGAUUGAUAAUGCCAGGCUGGCUGCUGAUGACUUCAAAACCAAGUGAGACAACUUUUCAUAGGCAGAGAAAUAGAAAUGGUCAUGAUGCUCAGAGCUAUGGUGAAAUAUUGAGCAGAGUAUGCGGGGGACGCUAUGGUCUAAACCACUGAGCCUCUGGGCUUGCUGAUCAAAAGGUCGGCAGUUUGAAUCCCCACAAUGGGUGACCUGCCGUUGCUCGGUCCCAGCUCCUGCCAACCUAGCAGUUCGAAAGCACAUCAGUGCAAGUAGAUAAAAAGGUACUGCUGCAGUGGGAAGGUAAACGGCGUUUCCGUGCACUGCUCUGGUGUCAGUGUUCCAUUGCUCCAGAAGCAGCUGGCCACAUCACCCAGAAAAACUGUCUGUGGACAAACACCGGCUCCCUCGGCCUGUAAAGCAAGAUGAGCACCACAACCCCAGAGUCGUUCGUGACUGGACUUAACUGUCAGGGGUCCCUUUACCUUUACCUUUAUGUGGGGGAAAACUAGUUUUCUUGGCACUCUACAUUUCACAGUGAUUAGGUUAAGGCAGCUCAGACAAUUUUAGCAAUUGAUCAUCAUUUGCUGGCAUUGAUUUGUUUUAAAAGGUUUGAGUCUGAGCAAGCCCUGCGCAUGAGUGUUGAGGCUGACAUCAAUGGGCUGCGCAGAGUCCUGGAUGAGCUGACCUUGGCUAGAACUGAUCUGGAGAUGCAGAUUGAAAAUCUGAAGGAGGAACUGGCUUACCUUAAGAAGAACCAUGAGGAGGUAAAGAAAGACAGCAUUCAGCAUUUUGAAGCAUAGUAGCAUAAUAAUAAUGUAACAAAAUGACGAUUUGUUUUUUAUUAUUAGUUUAUUGUUGCUGUUGCUGUUUCUGUUGCUAAUAAUAAGUAUAAACCACACUUCUAAAAGUUCCCAGGGCAGUAAGAGUUUCCAAUAAAGUAGAGUAUUAGAAGACCACCACCAUUGCCAUAGUCACCAUAUAUAACCCACAGCAGCACAGAACAUCAACAUCCAGCGAUGGGCAAACCCAUCUCAUUAAUCAUCAAAGGCCAAGUGAAACAGAUCCAUCUUCAUUAGGUGAUGAAAAGGCGCUAGCGGGCAGACAUAUCUGCAAUGGAGGGAGUUCCAAAAUCAGGGAGCCAUAACUGAGAAGGCCCUGCUGCAGAAGCAGUUUCAGAUUGCCAGAUGUUAGGAGGAUAAGAAGGAUGACUCUGAAAUAGAGAUGGAUGGGGAGCUUGUAGCCUUCCAGAUGCAGCAGGAUCACAGUGCCAUCGUCUAUUCCUCAUUACUGAGGCCUCAGAUUUAACGUAUGGUGAGACAUCAUGCACAGAGGACCACAUAGAAGGCAGAGAAGAAUUCUUGGCUUUCUACCAACCUCUGCCACCCUCAAAAACCAGCCUCCACCAGAUGCCAAAGCACACACACACACCCUUCCGUGGUGGUGGAGGGGAUAGCAGCAGAGCUGCAUGGUGAGAUGAGAGGACGUAGGCAUGGUCUCUCCUCUCUCUGUUGACCUGGCCCUUGACAUGCUGCCUUGACAUGCUACAGGACAGCCUGCUGGGGAAUGAGGGGUGGGUGGGCAUAGGAAACCCCUCAUCUUCAAGCAUGCCUGUGGUGCUGCUCCCACUUUGACGUCUUCAUGGAAAAGAGGAGUGUGAUUGAGGAGCAGGAAGAUGCAACUUUCGGUUCCAGGGAAGGACAGUGGAUAAAGGAUAGUCUUCAACACUAGUCCUACUCAGAGUAGACCCAGUGAAGGCACUAACUUGGGGGUCAUUAACUUAAAUGGGUCUACUCUGAGUUGGACUUAGUUGAACACCACCCAUAGUUUUUCCUGAUACCCCCUUGACAGUCCCCCCAACAAUCUGAGACUAACUCAGAAGAUUGUGGACUCUCCUUCAUGGGAGAUGUUUAAACAGAGGUUGGGUGGCUAUUUGUCAGGGAUUAUUUAGCUGUGAUUCCUGCAUUGCAUGGGCUGGAGUAGUUGACCCUCGGGGCCACUUCCAGCUGUACAGUUCUAUGAUUUUAUGACACACUCUCUCUGUUUUUCCAGACAACCUCAGAUAAUCCCUGUGUUAGCCCAAAGGGAAUGUGGAAUAGUGUGCCUAACCCUAGAUAAAAGGAUAGCUGUUAGGCAUUGUUGCUCUGCUGACACACCUGCAAUUAAUGCCUAUGUCUUGGUCUCUUUUUACAGGAAAUGAGUUCUAUGUCUGGGCAAGUAGGAGGCCAAGUGAGCGUUGAAGUUGACUCUGCUCCUGGCAUUGACCUCACCAAGGCUCUGACUGAUAUGAGAGACCAGUACGAGAAGCUGGCUGAGAAGAACAGGAGGGACGCUGAGGCUUGGUUUACCACCAAGGUGAGAUGGAACAGCCUAAGAGAAGGAAAGAAAGGGAAGGUCUUUAAAAAACAAACCAAGAGAAACAAUUUCGUGGAAGAAAACUGGGCUGCUGUGAACUCACCUUGCCCAUAAAAUUGAACUGCUGAAUACAGUGCAAUAAAAUGUAAAUGUAGAGCUCCUCUAGAUUGGUGAAAUAUUUUGGCAGGUGUAUUCUGCAACAUGUCAUAGUGCAUUAAUGUUGGAUGUAUACUGGACCAUCUUUCCACCUUACUGGUUGUUCUGCAAUGCUUCCCCAACGCUACCGCAUUAUUGCCAUCUGGAGGGGCACUCCUCAGUUAUAAUGUUACAAAACCAGGAGACACUCUCUCCACUGCAGGACUUUUCAUUUGUGUUAUGAAAAGUUGCAGGAUUUCAGCAGGAAGCAAUGGGGACAUUCGCCCCAAAACGUUUGCAGGUGCAAAGAGUAUUAAAAGUGGGGUGACAUAGAAUUGUCCCCAUACCACUGCAAGCACAAAUCACCAUGAAUGGACAGUAGAAAGGAUAUCAAAAGGGCUCGUAAUAAAACGAAUGCGGUGUAAAUAAAUUCAAUGUGAAUGUUGACAUAUUCUUCUUUAUUUCUCCCCUUAAACAAACAAACAGACUGAAGAACUGAAUCGAGAAGUUGCGGUCAACACCGAGCAACUUCAGAGCAGCAAGACUGAGAUCACAGACUUGAGGAGGACCCUCCAAGGCCUGGAGAUUGAGCUCCAGUCUCAGCUCAGCAUGGUACAUGGAGUGGUGAUGGGUUAUUUCUACUGCUUGGGUACUGAAAUAAGUAGUCACGGGUUGCGUUUGCCUUUUGUAGGGUGUGUGUGAAAGAGUCAACCUCCAUCAUAGUAGGCAGUAGGCCUCUGAAUACCAGUUGAUGGGAACCACAGGUGGGCAGUUGUGCUCGUGUCCUCCUUGCAGGUUUCCCACAGGCAUCAGGUUGUCUACUGCAAUGACAGGAUGCUGGACUAGGUGGGCCAUUGGCCUGGUCCAGAAGGUUCUUCUUAUGCUUUAGGGACAUGGAAACUCUAGAACAGUGUCUCCAAGCUGUUCUCGGACUACAAUUCCCAUCAUCCCUGAGCACUGGUCUUGCUAGCUAGGGAUGAUGGGAGUUGUAGCCCAAAAACAGCUGGAAACCCAAGUUUGGGAAACCCUGCUCUAGAACACAAUGAAUGUGCACGCUCACUUGCACACAAGCACACAUUCCCCCUAUUAUCUGAGAAGGGAAAAGUUGAAAACACUGGGAUAAAAUCACUUGCCCACUUCCUAAUUGUUUCUCUACAAAUACGGGCUUCUUCUUUUUCCUGAAACUGCGAGCUACUGCUAAUCUCAGAGCAAGACAACUGUUGCACAGUGCAAAUGAUAGUGUUAAUUUACAUUUGUAGCCUGCCAUAUUUUGAAAUCCUCAUGGCAGUCAGCAGUUGGUUGAAAUGCAGCAAUAAAUACUUAGCAUGUGUUAAAACACCACACCAGGUGAGUUUUGGCCAACUAAUGCCAGCAUAGCUGUGUAAACACUGUGCAGUGCUUCUGAAAGGUGUUCUGACAAGGGCAUUGGCAAAUCCCAGGGUUUCAGUAUUGACUUCCAAACAAAUAUUUCCAUUUUGCUGCAGACGCCUGUUCUCUGAACUGCAGCCCAGUUUCCCAUUAUGCUUACAACACUUCUUUAAAAUUCACACCCAUAUCUUGGUGACAGUCUCUGGCACACCCACACACACUUUCUCACCGACACCACUUCUCUUCUCAGAAAGCUGCCCUGGAAGGCACCUUGGCCGAUACGGAGGCUCGCUAUGGGGCUCAGCUGUGCCAGAUCCAGGGAUUGAUCAGCAACAUCGAAGCGCAACUGGUUGAGGUCCGAUCGGACAUGGAGCGUCAGAACAGCGACUAUAAGACCCUGAUGGACAUCAAGUCCCGGCUGGAGCAAGAGAUUGCGACCUACCGCCAGCUCUUGGAUGGCCAAGAUCUCCAGUAGGUCACUUGACAGGUCUUUUAUGACCUAGUGCUCAAAGAGAGCAGAUGUCUCUGGUUGCCAGAUUCUGGGUAUUAACCCAGCCUUUAAUAACCCAAAACAGUUACUAGCCUGCCACUCAAUCAGCCAAUAAAUACUAGGCUACUGGGGGUUGGUAUUGACUGUGAAAGAGCUCCACUCCCCUGUGCUGGGGAUCCCAUGUGGUGUCCAUGCUGAGCACGGGAAGGAUAGAAUCUGGUUUAAUCACUCACCUGCAUGGAAUUCUUGGUCAACUAUGGUGACCAGGCUCAUGCAUUAAAUACAAGAUUGCAUUAAACGGGAGAUAAAUAUUUCUUCACAUUUUCCCUGUGACCCCUGGGUGGCCAUUAUUAGGAGGAAGAACGAUGGAGCUAUGUAGGCUGUGGAGCUAAUCUCCCGCUUCUGUUCCUAUAAACCUUUCAAGCUCGAGGCUGGCUUCCCAUGUUGUAAAACCGAAAAACUGGUUUUGUGUCAAACAAAGCUCUAGACACGGAGAUUAAUCCAUAUGGGGUGGAAUCUGGUGGCACUGGUUCCAUCUGCACUAUGCAUUUAGUAUCAUACCAACUUAAACUGUCAUGGUUUCCCUGACCCAUAGUAUACUUGAUGCUUAAGUAAGGAAUUAAUCUUGUAUACCCCACGUCCAACCUAACGCUCCAUUCCACCCAUUGCUUCACAUUGCCCCUACCAUUUGUUCUUUGGUAUGCAGUUUUCCAGCAGCUGCAUACCUCAUUGCAAGAAAUGAGGUUACAGGGAACCAGACAGAGGGCCUUCUCAGUAGUGGUGCCUGCCCUGUGGAACGCCCUUUCAUCAGAUGUCAAGGAAAUAAGCAGCUAUCCUAUUUUUAAAAGACAUCUGAAGGCAGCCCUGUUUAGGGAAGUUUUUAAUGUUUGAAGCUUUAUUCUGUUUUUAAUGUUCUGUUGAAAGCCACCCGGAGUGGCUGGGGAAACUCAGCUGGAUGGGCGGGGUAUACAUAAUAAAUUAUUAUUAUGAUAUAGAGAGGAGGUAAUCAGAGAAAAAGAGACAGGCAACCACACACCCACUAGCUGUCCCCGACCAACUGUUUUUGGAAAAAAUAAUUGCUGACACAGUGUCACAUGUAGUUUGGCCUUGGAAUAAAAGCAUAAACACUGGUUUGGAAAACCCCAGUAAAGUGGCAAAUUAUUAUUAACUUAGAAUAACAACCCCAGGUUGGAAGGUGGGCUGUUUCACAAAGUACAUUGGGUCUGACAUUGAUAGUUAACGCUUCCCCUUCUUCUUUUCCUCCACAGUUUCUCCGGAAGUGUUUCGGGGACUAAUGGUGAGGCUUCCUUCUUCAUGGUGGGUUGAGGGAGUGUUUAGUACAAGCCAUAGAAUAAUGCGGCCACUUUGCUGAAGCUAACCAGGUCCAAGCAAGCCCACAUAAACCAUGUUGAAUUUCAUGGUGACAGAAAGGCGGGCUAUGAAUUGGCCCAUUGACAUCUCUGGCAUGGUGCCCCUUGUCCACUCAUCUUCUCUACUUGUGCCAUGCGGAAAUCUAGAAUAUGUGGGCUUUAAAAACAUUUUUUUUAGUUUUUCAAAUUUUACAAGCAUCAAAUAAGAGAAAACAAAGCAAAGCAAAGCACAUAUCCCUUUGACUUCCCUUUCCCCUUUUGUAGAUCCUUGUGUUUUAAUGAAUCCCCUUGCAUCUCCUUUAUAAUUCAAAUUUUUGCUAAUCCUUUAUUGUUCCUUAUUUCAAUUUUUUAAGCUACAAGUUUUGCAUCAGUCCUUAAAUUAUGUGGGCUUUUGAUUGGUUUGGCUGCUAAAUCCAAAAGAGAAUGGCCUUUACCACAGUUUCACCCAAAUUAUUCACGUUUCCAUUCUGCUUAUAGCUCCACUGUCUCCUCCCUCAGCCUCACCCCUCACCAAGCAACCCCUGACUUCUUCUUCAUUGCCUGGCUUCUCUGCAAUGCAGGCAUGGAGGCCCAGUAUGGCCCUUGCUUUUCUCCCUUGGUCUGAAACAGUUUCCCUGCCUCUGUUGUAAUUCAGAUAAUAAAUUCACUUAAUAAGUCCUUCAAACGACGAUUCUCAACCUCGUGUGCCCAGGUGGUUUUGGACUACAACUCCCAUCAUCCCCAGAUAUCUUAGCCAGUAGUCAGGGAUUAUGGGUAUUGUAGUUCAGUAGGUUAGAAAACACUGCUUUGAACAGAGGCUAUGUUGCUGAUAUGCACUGAAAUAUUAAAUACUCAGCUGGGAUAAGACCAAGGAGCUAAGGAAGCGAUAUUCCAGGUGGACUGGUGUUCGGGAUCAUGCCCUGGCUGCUUCCUUAUCCCAUCCACCCACCAUCUUGGGCAGCAAGAGGGGGGUAAAUUGUUCACAGGAAGUAGCAGGAAAACAUGGAGUAGCCCUAUUAAGGCACAGUACCGUCCCUCGGAGCCACAAGUGGUGUGAUGGAGUCAGUUCCAGUUCCAUUGCCAUGGCAAGCCCUUCUGCAGGAGGCCCCUGAAUUCUCACAAGAAGUUAGCAAACUCUUGUGAGAUCAUGUUGGCUGCAAGUGGGAGGCCAAGGCUGAGGCAGUUCAGGGUCCUCUUUAAGGAGGCAAAUGAAACUCCAUUUCUGAGGAUAAUCUUGCAGGGCCAAGGCUGGAGUCAGAGCAGAGGCUGUGACUGAGCCUCCCUUCCGUGGUUGGUGUAGACUUGGAGUGCUACAGAAGGUUUCAAAAUGUGUAACUUGGAUUCAUUAACUCUUUCCCCCACCUUGUCUUGCUACAGACAAAGCAGAUGAUAAGAAGUGAGGAGCUCUCUCCUUUCCAGAAACAGGAUGGGCAGCUGCCGUUUCUGGCAGAUGAAAAUCAUCGUUUCAAAAUCACUUAGCAGCAAACUUCAUGAACACCCAUUCUGGAUGAUCUAGCCACGCAAUGGCUAGAUUCUCUGACUUCGCUCUUCCUGUUUUUAACCUUUCUGUAUGGUGUUUCUUCUGCCUAAUAAAGUUCCUUUUGGGCUUCUGCAAACUGAAA